CUUCCUAUCUGAUACAAAACUUAAUUAUAGGGAGCUACUAUAAAGAUAGUCUGUUAUUGCUAUAUCAAAUUCAAAUACAAAUAAAAAUAUAAAUAAUGAAGAAGUAGUUUAGAGAAUACUUAAGCACUAUUUUAGAAAUUAUGGAGGAUAAGCCAUCCUUUUUGAUUCCAAAAAUUAUUUAUUAUGCUAUCGUCAUUAUAUAUUUUAACUAAAUAGCUGGAUACUUGUUUUCUACUCAAGAAAAAAAGGCUUUAAAAGAAGAAAAAGCAAAAUUUAUAGGUAGAGUCAAUGAAUUGUCCACAGGGACUUAUUUACUUUAUUAUAAAGGAGAAGAUUUGUUAACUUUACUUUUUUUUGGAAUAUUUUAAUUGAGUAUGUACUUCUACUACAUUUACGUUGGUGUUUACACUUAUUUAAGAAAAAAGAAAUAAUUAUGGUUUUCAAAAAACAAACGGAUUUUCUAAAUUGUAAAUCAAUACCUCAAUAUUUUUUUUACAUUUUAUUGGUGGAUAUUUUUCUCUCCAUAUUUGGAAAUAAAUAUCACUAUGCUGAGUUGUAAUAAUUAUUCCUUCUUGAAAAUUAUGAGAAAUAAAAAUUGCUCUAACGUAAGCCCUGUUAUAUUUGUCCUUGGAUAUAUUGGAUUUUUCUUUUCGAUUGCUACAGCUACAGUAGCUAUAUUUCUAUUCAGGAAUAAUGAAUUUGGGAGUAAAGAUUACCUAAGAAGAAAGUUUAACUUUAUAUAAAUUUUAGUUUUAGUAUGUCGUGCUUCUGUUAUAUUUCUUUACUAUUUAAAUUUGAAUAAAAUAUUGUUAUUUAAAGAAAUAUUGAUGUGUUUUUUAAUAUUGCUAAUGAUAGUAGAUAUAUACUUAUAUAAACCUUACUAUAAUUAAGACAUAAUGAAAAUGUACUCUUGUUGUGUGGCAGCAUUUACAGUUGGAAUAAUUACAAUCAUUAUUUUGAAUGAAACUGACUACAUUUAUGACACUGAUGUAUUUUAUUACUUUGUGCUAUAUUUGGUCAUUCUUAGCUCAGCAUUUAUUGUAUUCUUAAAUUUUUCAUAUGAAAAAAUUAUAAGAAUCAAUUCAACCAAUUUCAAAGAACACUACAAGAAGAUAGAUUAAUACUUAGAAGAAAUAUUCAAUCUCUUAGAAAACAAUAAAAAGAGUGAAGAAGCAUAAUUUAGAUUGUUCGAAGUGUUAAUUUAUCAUAAAUAAUUUUGCUAAAAUUACAAUUGCUAGUGUUAAUAAACUUCCUUUAAAAAUACUGAAAAUAGCAUAAUAAAAGAAGAUGUCUUAAAAUUUAUUGAGAGCAUGUUUUUAUUUAGUUUGAAGUAAAAAUAGGUUAGGGAAAAUCAAGAUUUGUUUGAGCAUUUAUCUCUAAAAUACAUUUCUUUUAUAGCAAAGUACAGAAAUAACCCUGUAAAAGCAUAUUAUGAGUUAAAGUAUUUAAUGUCGUAGCAUACCAAUCAGAUAAGCUUUUAUUUUGAUUGUAUUUAAAAUAUUUUUUCAGCUAGAAUUGAAGAAAUGAUUUUACUUCACUAAUAAAACAAAUUGAAAGAAUUAAAGGAUCAAACACAAGUUUAUUCAACCAGAAUUGAUGAAGAUAUAACCAAACUAGAACUUUCUGAUUUCAUUUAUUCAGAUAAAAUUAAAACCAAAAUAUUACCACUCAUCUCAUAAUUUGUUGAUCUAAAAGCUAACCUUUAUGAAUAAAUGAGAGCUGGCUUUGAAAAAAUAUCUUUGUUUGGAGAUAAAAUUACACGCAUGAGUAAUAUUGCUACCAAUGUGACAAUUAAAUUAAAAACGUAUUUAGGUAGUAAUAUUUCUUUUAGCUAUUAGACAAGUCAAGGCAAAAGGACAUCAUAAAAUGUUUAUAUUUUAAAAAUUCUAUCUAUCUAUGAGGGUAUUGUUUUAAACAGGAUUUAAGAGUCAACAAAAUACGAAGAAUUGAUUUUAGAGUUAAAAAAAAGAGAUUAUCUUUUAAAUUAAGCUGUACUUAAUACCUUAAAUAUUUUGAAAGGUAAUAUAUUAUCUGUGAUAGUCAGUUACUCGAAAGAACGUGGAAAGAUUAUAAGUCUAAAUAGUAAAAGAAUCAAUAACUUUUUUGGUUAUUCAUAAAAUACUGAUUUAAAUCUUUAGUAUAUCGAUUAAUUUAUGCCUUAAUUUUUAUAGCAAAUCCAUAAUAGCUUAAUGCAAAAUUAUAUCAGGCGAAGCUACUCGCCACUAAUUAAAUAAAGUCAUUUUAGCUAUGCCUUAAAUAGCGAAGGAUUUAUUUUCCCAAUAAGUAUUUCUGUAGAAAACAUUUUUGAAUAUAGAGAUGAUUUUUGUUUAUAUGGAUCUAUUUUGAAGCUAGAAAAUGCUAAAGAGUUAUUUGUAAUUAAUAUUAAAGGAUAGAUUCUUGGGUUAACCCAAUUAAUUUAUGAAGAUGUUUUCAAAACAGCUGAAUAAAAUAAAAGCUUCAAAUAAAAAAAGAUAAACAUAGAUGCUUUUGAUGUUAUGCAAAAAAUAUCCUUUUACAUGAUUUUACCUGAAGUAUCAGAUAUUAUAUUAAAGCAUUAAUAAUAAAUUAGUGAAGAAGAAGGGUUAGAAAAAUUUGAUUUGAAUUCUUCUAUAGAAACAAUUGCUCAAAACCAAUAAGGAGUAAUAAAAAUACCUGAGAGUAUUUUUGAACUCCAAAACCAGUUUAAGGCAAAUCAAUAUUUUAUUUCAGAAAAAAGUAAAGGAUUAUCUUAAACUUCUCUCUAGACUUCUAUCUUUUAGCAUUAAGAUACAGAAGAAAUAAUUGAAUUAUAUUAGAAUUUCUAUAAAGAAAAUUUGAUUGAGUGGAGCAAAGAAAGUUUAGCUUCAGAAACUAAAAUAAAGUAUAAUAUAAUCAAAUAAUCCCUCAAGCAUAUGCAAGAUAAGAAGAAAAUUACUGAAGAAUUUUACAUAAUUUAAAUUAAUGAGUCAAGUCGUAUUACUUCUGAAAUCGAUAGAAAAGAUAGUCUUGAAAUAAAUUCCCCUAAAAAGCAAAGAAAAAGAAAAGGAGAUGCCCUAUCUCCACACAAGGCUUUCACUAACCGAAGAAUAUCAUUUUAUGAUGUAUUUAAAUUAGCAACUUAACAGUAAUCUAAUUAGAGAUUGAUGAUUAAUUAAGUAAAUACUCCUAGUAAUUCAACGCUGUAAGGUACUCCUUAUAUGAGAAAGAGAAAGUUACAGACAGAGUAAGAAAAUGAUCAUUUUAAUUAAAGUUCUACAAGUUUAGAUAAGCAUUUAUCAUAAAAUUUAAAUUUAAGCCCUGAAAUUAAUAAUAAGAUCGGAGAAAGAAAAUCAAGAUAUCUUUCGAGUUUCUCUCACUUAUCAGAUAAAAAUCAUGUCAUAUCUUAGUAAAAUAUUUAUGGUGUCGAAAAGAGUUUAAUCAAUUUAAACAAUGAGACAUAUAUGACUUCUAAUUAGAAUAUUGAAUUAUCCUCAAAAAUAGAAAAUAAUAAACUUUAAAUUUCAAAGAUUACUAAUAAUAUUCAUAAUUCUAGCCAUAGCUAUGAAGUUCUAAGCCCAUUAAAACGUUUACUAGGGCCACAAUUUAGUAAAGAUAAUAAACCAAUAGUGAAAACUGCUUCUAAAGAUUUUGAACCUAAAUUUUCGAUUGAUGAAUCCGAAAGACCUGAUGAGGAAAAAAUCAAAAUAAAAAAUUUAUUUUUACAUCAAAAUAGCUUAGCUUCAUCCUCGCUAACAGCAAAAUCUCCUUCUCCUAAGCCAAAACUUAGUCUUUGGUAACGAAUAAAAAAUAAAGUAUCAACAACAAAUACUUAAUCUAAUUUACAAAGAGGCAUUGCUUUGUUUUUAAAAGAAAGGCAAGAAGCCUUCAACGAAGAAAAAUAAGAUAAAAUUUUUUAAAAUCCCGAAACUAUAAGCAGUAAUAUAGCUAUGGAUAUGGAAUAUGAAGAAGAUGUAGUUGAUGUAGAUCAAUCUUCAAUUACUAAAAAAGGAACAACCACUGUUAGAAAAAACGGCAAAUCAACUCAAGAACCAAAAACUAAUAAUUAAAUAAGAUCUUUUUCUCACAUCUCAUCACAGAGUUCUAAGAGUUAUGGUGUGUACCUAUUCUAAAGUAUCGCUUAUUCGUUUCACUUGCCCAGCAUAUUUUAUAAAUUAAAAAUAUUUUUUGUUUUCUUUAUUAUUAUAUUUAUUUCAUUGCAAAUUGCUCUUAGCCUUGGAAUAAUCACUUAAUAUUCGAAGUUAAAGGAUGAUUUAACUUUCAAUUAAAUAGCUCUAAUAGAUGAUACUUCAGUAUAAAUUUAAAUAUUAAACUCAAUAAAUUUAUAUGCUAUCCAAAUUGGAUUAAUUAGUGGAUAAUAUUCAACUAGUGUUUAAAAUUAAAUUACUAAUAUUUCAAAUAAUUAUGGGCAAAUCUUUCCAAGAAUACUUCAAUAAUAUCUUAAUUUUUAAUUUAGCUAAAACUCAUUGUAUGAUGUUGGCAUCUUUUCUUUUAAUAAUUAGCAGAUGGAGCGCAAAUCUUUAGCAGAAUUAAAAUACUAUAAUUUAAACAGUGUUACUCAAGUGCUUUAAUUAGGCAAAAAUUCUAAUAAAUUGCAAAAUGAUUAAUUCUUUUAUUUAUCUAAAAACUCUAUAAUAAAUUAAAAUUUAGAUAAAUCUUUACUUUCUAAUUCUUUUAGUAACUUUAGAGACCUGUCAAAUACUCUAGAUUGGAGAGUUGAUUUCUUUAUUGGUUCAUAUAUAAUAGUAUUCUUCUUUUUUAUCAUCUGCUUUUUCCCAUUUUUAAGGUAAAUAAAUAGCUAUUAAGAGAGAGUACUUAUUUUGAUUGCUAGAAUGACAGAAAGUGAAUGCCUAUAAGAAUCUACAAAAUUAAGCGAUGUACUGAAAUACAUUUAAAGUAAAAAUGAGUAAUGGGUCUAUAAAAAUUUUAUGAUAAGCGAUUAGCAGACUUUAAAUGAAGCUUUAAAGAAAUCAAUAAAAUCAAGUAACUUCCUAAAAACUUAAAGACAGCCAAUUUCAUCAAAGAUUAAGAACUAAAAAAUAAAGAAUUAUAGACAAAUCUGUUAUUUCAUUAUUAUCUCUUUAUUAGGAUUUGUUUAUUUUUCGAUUUUUACUGUGAUCAUCAAAUAAUAUUCAAAUCAGUCAGAUAAAUAUUUGCAUUUCUUUGAAUUCUCUUAAUAAACCCUUCCCUCUUUCAAUAGUAUGCUCAUAGACUGGUCUCUUUUGAUCAACUUUCCUUUAUUUAAAUCUUAAAAUUAAUACUUUCCUAAUCUUGAUAUUGCUCAAUUAAAUCAAGACUAUCAACUGAGUUUCAAAAAUGUUUCAAACUUCUUAACUUAAUUUUAAUAAGAGUUAAAUGAGCUUUCAUCAAUAACAAACUCAAAUAAUGAAGCUAUGAAUUAACUUUACACUAAGAGUUUAUGCUAAUAUUACUCAAAAUAAUAGUUAUGUAAUCAAGUAUCUGAAUAUACUUAAAAGAUAUAUGAUAAAGGUCUUGCAAGCUUAAUUUCAAACUAUUUAUAAUUUUUAAAUAAUAAUGAAUUUCUUUUAGGUAAUAUCCCUUUUUAUCAAUAAUAACAAGUACUAACUUAGUAUUACUCUACAACUUUAUUUACUGAGCUUGUUUUGAUGAAUUAUUUAAACACUACUAAUUUUAUACAAGAAAUAGUCAAUAUAAGUAUCAGUGAUUACAACAAUUUUUAUAGCGAUUUUUAAAAAACUCAUUUACUCUACUUUUUAAUUUUUGGUAUCUUCAUGGUAUUUCUAUUUAUAAUCAUGGCUUUUUCAAUGUAUAAAAUAAACAUUAUGAGAUUAAUGAACAUAAAUUUUGGCUUGACAUGCUUUCCUAAUAGUAAAAUCUAAGAAGAGAGUACAUUGUAAAUGUUAAAAUUCAUAAAAAAAAUAUGA